AUGUACAUCGCGUAUGGAGCGGUAGACAUCCAUGUUGCUCAGCUGUCACCUGAUGGAUUCUCGGAGGUUCGGAGCGAGGUGGUUUACACUGAAGAUGCUCACAGAUACAUCGAGGGCUCGCGCUUUUACCACAUUGAUGGUACCUACUAUAUCUGGAUCACCAAGCCAGGAGACGAACAACAUGUGCUCAAGUCGACAUCCGGUCCAUGGGGUCCCUAUGAGAUCAGAGAGGUCAUCGCUCAGAUGAAAGCACCAGUCGAAGGAGCCGGAGCUCCCCACCAACGAGGUCCCGUCUCCACAGAGAACGGUGACUGGCUGUACAUGGCCUUUAUCGAUGAUGCCGAAGGCUGGCCGCAGGUAGUUACGGAUGCAGAUGGUGGCUGGGGCGUCAACUACCCUGCACCCGUUCAGACUACCAAGACCGUCGAAGGAAUUGGUGCCUAUGUUGACAAGUUUGAGGGAGACACCCUGGGACCUCGUUGGGAGUGGAACCAUAACCCAGAUAACGACGCAUGGAGCUUGGGCCCUGAUGGACUGGUUCUAAACACAGCGACGGUUUGUGAGGGACUAUACGGAGCCUCAAACACUCUCACGCAACAAAUUCUUGGGCCGAAGAGCCAAGGAACUUUCCGCCUUGACAUUUCUGGGAUGAUUGAAGGGGACCAAGCUGGUGUCACGGCACUUCGACAAGACAGCGCUUACAUCGGGAUCCACAAGACCGAUGGGGUAGCGCAACUUGUCUAUGUUGCUGGCAUCAGCAUGGAUUCAGAGCAAGAUUGGUUGACCACCUCCAACGGCUACGUCAAGGCAGAGGGUCCUGUGAUCGAAGGUGCAGACCUGUGGCUAAGGAUCAAAGCCGACAUCACGCCUUCAGUCUUGGGAGACUCUAGCAACAUUCCGCGAUAUGCUUCUUUCUGGUACAGCGUUGAUGGGCAAAACUUUGAACAGCUUGGGCCAGACUACGCUCUCAACGCCGAGUGGUACUUCUUCAUGGGGUACCGUUUUGGUGUCUUCAAUUGGGCCAAGAAACAUCUGAGUGGAAGUCUGUUGGUGGAGGAGUUUGCGCUGGAGAAGUUGGAUUAG